AUGGACGUGAAGAAGAAGAAGAAGACUGAGGGAGAUGGUGAUACAGCAAUGGGGGAGGAGGCUCUGCCAUUUCAUAAGCUUUUGAGCUAUGCAGAUGGUUUGGAUUGGGUUCUCAUGGCACUGGGCACCUUGGGCUCCAUUGUCCAUGGCCUGGCCCAACCAGUAGGGUACUUGCUGCUUGGCAAAGCCCUCGACGCAUAUGGGACCAACAUCAAGGAUCCCGAAGCCAUGGUUGAUGCCCUCUACAAGGUACAGAUUCAUAUAUACAUAUAUAGAAGUCUCAUAUCAAUUCCAGUUUCUAAACCAAAUUGCAGAUACUAGAUGAGCUUGUUCUUGUUCUUGUU